UCUCAGGCUUCUGCAGUUUUCGACUAUCACUAGUUCUCGAUCUUUCGAUAAAAUGUUUACUGUCCACAUACAUGGUCUCUUUAGUCUCUUUCGUGUCGCAUUGCGAUGGAUAUGCUUAUCUUGAAAUUGUCACGUUGAACUCUGCUCCCGAAGUGCUGCAAUUGGACGCCACUUUAUCUGCAAUCGUAUUAUACAUUUGUGAGCACGCUGUAUCGGUCUAAAUAACUCUUUUGAUACUGUACCAUCAUGACCGCAUUCUCUGACGAUGAUAGGGAGCUCGUCGCUCUUGGUUAUGUGCCCUCCUUCAAACGCGAAUUUUCCAAUUUAGCUACGGGAUUGUGCUCUAGUAUCGCAACGACCCUCAAUACUCCGCUUUUAACGGGAGGACCGUCUUCUGUGGUGUGGUGUUGGAUUUUGGGGGCAAGCAUGUGCUUGGCCCUUGGCUCAAGUAUCGCUGAAAUCGUUAGCGCUUAUCCUACGUCUGGUGGAAUGUAUACAGCUUCUGCCCGGCUUACCCCCAAGAAAUACCGUGCACGAGUUGGCUGGCUAGUGGGAUGGCUAAAUAUCCUCGGCCAAAUAGCUGGAGUGUCUUCGACAGAGUUUGGCUUGGCUAACAUGAUAUGGGCUGCGGUGGUGAUAGGCAAAGCAAGUCGACAAUCCAUUCUAUUAACAAAAACUGUGUGGUUAUUCGUGGUCCUUCUGAUAGUUCACGGAUGUCUGAAUUGUCUGGGUACGCGCUGGUUGGCCCGUAUAUCUUCCGCGUUUGUGUUUGUGAAUUUGGGCGCAACUAUCCUGAUUAUCAUUGUUCUACUUGCAACGACUCCUCGUUCGGAGAUGCAUGCUGCCGGCUAUGUUUUCGGCAGCCAAGGAAUCGUAAACCAGACCGGGGGUUGGAAUAACGGACUCGCUUUCGUCUUUGGAUUGUUAAGCGUUCAGUGGACGGAGGUCAAACGUGCGGCAUAUGCAGCGCCAACUGCUAUCUUCAUAGCCGUAAUCGGUACAGGGCUGCUCGGAUGGCUUUUGAACAUUGUGAUUGUAUUAUGUUCAGGUCCUCUUGCUGAUCUUCCUGGAGCAUCUGGUUCCGCUUUCUUACAGGUCAUGUAUCUCAGGAUGGGAAAAGCAGGUUCCCUUAUAUUAUGGGUCCCUGUGUGUUUCACUGCAUUUUUCGUCGUUCAAACGGCUCUUCAAGCUACAUCUCGUACCAUUUACGCAUUUAGCCGUGAUCAUGGUUUACCUGACCGGGGCUUCUUCGGAUAUAACUCCAAAGUUACACAAACGCCUCUUCGAUCCAUAGUCCUAUGCACACUCGUCAGCAUCAUACCUGGUCUCCUCGAUCUAGCGAGUCCCAUUGCUGCCAAUGCUAUCUUUGCUCUUACCGCAAUAGCUUUGGAUUUGAGCUACAUUAUUCCCAUUUUCCUCCGUCGAGUCUUCCAAAACCACCCGGACGUGAUGUUCAAACCAGGCCCUUUUUAUAUGGGCGGCGGCAUGCUUGGCUGGGCUGCGAACUGGAUCUGCAUCUGUUGGACGCUCUUCGUCUGUGUCAUUUUCUCAUUUCCAGUCACCUUACCCGUCACUCCAGAAACAAUGAACUAUGCAUCAGUUAUCACCGUUGGGGUCAUGGUUUUUGCUUUCAUAUGGUAUAUCCUCGAUGGACACAGGCACUACCAUGGGCCUCAGUCUAACAUAAAGCAGGAUGUGGAGCCAGACAAGGAAUCCGGAGAAGUGGGGAAAGAUUCAGAAGACCAUAAUGGGUCGGAUUAUGUAUAAAAAUAAGCCUGAGGCUGUUAUGUUGAAAUCAGUCCCCUCUAUGAGGCAAUGUUACUCAGCGAAUGAACAUAUAUAUGAAGCUACCAACGGAUUGUUUAACGGGCGUAUGGUCUAGAG